UCCUAUUCACAUCAAUGCCUGAUGUUACUAAAUCAAAAUGGUGGGGAUUUGAAAUGGAAUAUCUUGAUUUUAGAAGAAUUCGAACUUCUAUUAAAGAAAGCGAGUUAAAGAAAGCAUUAUCAGAUUUGAGCAAAAUGUUUGUAGUGGAUCCAUUGCUGAGGCGUACAUUUCUGUUGCUCUGUCCUUUAAAAAUAUAUGGGGAUCUUUUGGAAAGUAACCACUUCACUUUGCUGGAGUUGUGUUUUACGAUAAGAAAAAUACUACCUGAUACCACGAAACAGAACCUACAAAAGUGGUAAAGGAUCUUAUCGAUUUCUUUGACAAGAUGAACUUGAUAAUAUCUAAUUCAAGCGUCACAGCCUUUUCUAAAGAAAAAAACAAGGAAACAAACGUUUUGGUUUCUACGCUUGUAAAGAUUGCACAGAAUGUAAAAAAUGACCUUCCGUUGUUUCAAAUUAAGUUUCUUUGUUGCCUGGCAAAGUGUAUCGCCAACGCUAUUUAUCUUCAAGAGGAAGGAGGACCCCGGGUAAAGAAUGGAUUUGAUGAUUCAAAGAGCACACUAGUUUCUACAUCAGAUUUGCCAGACAUGCCAGAAUCUUUCAAUGAAAUUUUUAAAAUUACAAAGGAUUUUUUGUUCUCGUCUUUGGAUUUUUCAAGGCUACACUGGAAAGAUAAAUUGAAUGUUUGGGAUGAACUGCUAUCAUUUUCUGCUCCAAAUCGUUUUCAAAAACUAUGGGGUGAUGAAUUUAAAGUUGAAUUGAACAGUCGAGUUAAAAAGGAGUCACCUCUAAUUCAAAUAGAACUGCUUUUUCAGUCAGACAAGAUGCAAUGUUGUUUUGAACUAUCUACAUGUCUAAGUGAGGCUGCCUUCGAAGCUGUUGAGGAAGUUGAAACGUUAGGUCAUAGUGAAGAAGCUUUCAAACGACUAAGCCAGGAAAAGUCUUUAAAAGCAAUAGAGUUGCUUAGCAAAUUACUCCACAAAGCAUGGCCUGACCAACUGAGCCUAACUUCACAAGAAACAGAGAUUGAAAAUAAUUGCAUUUUGUUAGAACAUCUUCUAACCUGGACUGUAUGGCCUGGUUUUCUUAAAUUCAUCGGUAGUAAUUCCAAAAGUAAAGGAGAACUGAAAAAGAUUGAUCAUUGUAAAACGAUGAUUAAGAAUGCAAAAAAGUGUCUACGUACUGUGAUUAAAUCUGUACAAGAUGCUAAAGUUACAGUUCAAGAACUUGAAUUAUUGUUGAAGCAUUCAGUGCAGUAUUUAAAGUUGACAGAAUCUGUGGCAAAACCUCCAAGCAAUAAAUCGGCUGCUCAGGUUUUCUUGGGUAAAAGAGAACAGGAGCUGCGCACUUUCAAAUCGUUACACGAAGAACUUCAGUACUUCGUUGACUUCACUAAGGAUUUUAAAAAAGUUGAUGAAGAGUUUCAGAAAUUACGAGACAAGGUAAUUCAAAAGUAUAAUAAACUAUCCGUGUGUGACCUUUGUCGUAGAAACGAAAACGAUGGAGUGGAUUGCUAUUUUUUCAAUACCGACAAGGACAUUCUACUUACUAUAUCAAGAGUCAAACAAUUAAAAGAAAGCAAAAUCUUUAAGUUCUUCUGGCAGGAACAUAUCGAAAAAGACGAAAAUAAAGAAACAAAAGUUAGUAUUCUCAUGAUUCAGAAACAAGUCUUGGAAGUCAUUGAUGUAAAACUCAAGAUUGUUACUGAAGACUUUCUUUACCGUAAAAUGAAAUUGAUCACUGUUGAUGUUCUUUUAAAUUUGUUUGAAAAUGAUUUCGAUGCAUUGGAAAAAGAAUUUACGUUCUUGUCGCAGUUCUUUAAGUAUCAAGAAAAGAAUAAUGUUAAAACUACAUUGGAGAAACUGAAAAAAUACAAAGAACUAUUUGACAUAGAACAAUCUGCCAAGUUGAUACUGAAGAUAAAAAAUACAUUUCAAAUGAAAGGAGAUUUCUCUAAAGCGGAAGAGAUUCAAAAGAUUACAUCUGAGAACUUCAAUGAUAAGUGCAUUGAUGAUUUGAACGUUGACCUAAAAGCGCAAAGAUCUUUAGCGGAAAUCAAUAGUCACAGGCAAAAGUGUUUAGAAGUGUUUGCCGAAAGUUUCGAACUGGUUGAUUGGAUAAGAAGAUCCAUUAAAGAUGUAAAUGGGUUAAAGGUGUUUGUGGAUUUGGCCAUGAUAUCAGCUGGUGAAAGCGAUAAAGAAAUUGACCGUAUUUCUUGUAUGCAUACAAGCUGUUUGGGAUUUGGCUCUUUGAUAUUUAGCUAUCGUGAAGAGCAUGGUUUUCGUGAACUGAUGGAACUUUGCAAACCUCUCUGGCAAGUGAUUGAUGCCAAUCCAACCAUUGACAAAAAGCUAGAAAUAACCAAAAAAGAUCUUUCAUGGCUGAAGCAAAUAAAGGAGUCGCAUGGCUCAGUUGCUUUGACAACAAUGCUCCUAGUUGAAACAAUCAAUUCAUCUGGUAUUUACUACAUCGGUGACCAGCAAAAACUAAGUAAAGCAAAAAAAUAUUUCGGUUCACCUGACAACGUUGUCGUUCUUGUUAUUCCUGAAGAUAGUGAAAGCAGUCGCGAGGAGAAAAUUUACAGUUUGGAUGAAAUUAAAGAUAUUCAAAGCAACUUAAUGUCAAUUGCAGGAGAAUAUGAAAGAGGAAAACAAGAGGUCGACAAGUUCAAUGAGAUUUUUGAAGGAAUUCUGAGACUAAAAGAACUUUACUUGCAACUUUGCGAUGUGGGAGAAAUAAACUAUCUCACAUGGAAAUUUGAAGUUAAAUGUACCGAAGAAGAACAAGAGAACAUGGAACUUCUCUCCAAAAUCAAUGAUUGCUGUGAAGAAAUGAAAAACGAUUUAGAAGACUGGAAAAAAAAUAUUAAUUUGAAAAGAUCGGAAUGUUACCCUUUGAAUCAUUUCACCAUGAAACAGAUUUUAAUUUUGCGAGAAGAGCUCUUCAAGGCUUGUGUUGGUGAAACUGCAGUUAAUGAACUCCCAUGGAAAAUAUUUGUGCUUCUUCAAACAGUUAAGAAUGAUAUUGAUCCAACGAUACUUGCCAAUAUACUGAAGUCAGUUGUUCCAGAAAAUUCUGUCUAUUUUGAUGAGGAGUAUUCAGAAAAUGAUAAUGAGUUAUUUGAGAGUGACGAAGAAAUUAAUGGUGAUACAAAUGAAAAAGUUCAUACAAAUUCUCUCACGCCUCCUGAAAGACAGAAUUCUUUUGAAAUGCUCACCUCGGCGGCUAAAGAAAUGUUGGAGUCAGAAGAUUUUGACGAAAAUUACAUACUAGCUGCUUUACAAAUUUGUGGUCGUAAAGCAACGAAAGACGAUCUUGUUGCAUGGAUUUUGGAUUAUGAUGAAGAUGAACAUGACAUCUUGGAUUUAUCCCAUAAAGCAAAGGAAAAUCGUGCCCUUUCUGAUAUUGUCAGAAGGGUAUUUAAUACCAACAAUUUGGCUACAAAUGCUGAUACUUUAUUUGAAACCUCUCCACCUUCAGGGCAAAUUUCUGAAGAAAAAAGAAGCUCUUCUCUCGCCAAUGCCAGUACAACGCAUGUCAUUAACCAGGAUGAAAAGUACUUGCCUUUGGAUGUUUUAGCAGCUCUGCUGGAAAAGAUUUCUGAAAAAGAUAACAGCCAUAUAGAUCGACAGUUCCCUGCAGUUCUAAAAGAAGGAGAGCCAAAUCUGUUACUCGUCUCCAAAGGUGAAAUUUUUGGGUGCGUGUUGUCUCUUUUCAUGGGACGGGGAAGUCAAACGUUGCCUAGCGAAGAAGAGGUGGUUGUUUGUGAUGAAAAUACAAUAUCGGAAGAGGUUGAACUUCUAUGGAGACGAGCUGUAAUUGACAGAACCGGUCGAUUGUUUUGUCUUGUUAAUGCUGAUCUUUUGGACUUUGACGUCAGUCAGGAAGCAUUAUGUUUACUUGAUUGGUUAACUCAAGGACAAACAAAAUAUCAUUUGGUGGUAAUAUGUAGCAAUGAAAAUGAUAGGUCAAUUAUGGUGAGAGCAUUAGAUCCUUAUCGCCGCUCAUGUCCUAUGCUUAUGUCAUUGGAAGAUGUCCAAAGAUGUCUGAAAGAAAAACUUGCAUCUCCUUUUGACAAAAAUGCUUGCCUGCCAGCGGCUGCUGUAGAUGAAGAAAAGUUAUCUGUGCGUUUUAUCCAGUCAUCAAGAGCAGGCAUGGGAAAAAGUUUGAUUGUAAAACGUCUGGCUAAAAAAUUAGAAAAUCUUUUAAAUACCAAAAAGAAACGUUCAAAAGAUUUCCAAUCAUUAGUAUGCUGUACUAUCCCAGUUCAUGGUACGUGUGUGGAUGAAAAUGCGAUCACUCGUGACUUUCUAUUACAUGCCCAGAAAAGAAAUUACCCUAUUUCAAGAAUUUUUCAUGUAGACGUUUCUCAAUCGGUAUCAAAAGGACUUGAUGACUUCCUGUUUAAACUGUUGAUUCUUGGAUCUAUUAAAGACAACAAUGGAAAUAUUUGGCGAAGAAAAACAACUGAUUUGUAUCUUGUUGAACACACAACUGAAAGGAAUUUUGAGAUAUUAAAAUCUGAGGACUUUCCAACAAACCAAAGUCUGAUCUCAGACACUAAAACAUCAAGUAGCAAGUAUUCAUUUAUCAAGUUCCUCCCAUGUACCCGUUGUCUUUCACCAAUGGAAAUAUUAAGAAACUUGAAGUCCCCUAGGGCUGGAGACAUGAGCUUUGACAAAGAGGAAUUCAACAAUGAUGAGUAUCAGCGAGCUUUCCAAUAUCUGUCCCGCUUUUCCACCGGUGCUAAUUUGGACCAUUUUUCAUUCAACAAUGAUCGUCCUGUUACUGUGAGAGAUUCAGUUAAAGUUUUGUCUAUUUUAAUCCAAUAUUGUGGGAUACGUGAUCCGUCUUGGGCCGAGCUUCAGCACUUUGUAAACUUUUUGAAUGUUCAACUUCAUGAUUGUGAGGAAAGUAAUUUUUGCCAAACUGACGUGGUUGAAGAUUUGUUGCAAGGAUUUAAGACGUUUGUUGUUCGUUUUAUGAUCCAAAUGUCACGGGACUUUGCAACAAGAUGGCUAAGUGAUCGCAGUUUGGGUGUCAAUAAUGCAACAGAAGAAAUGAAUGAUGAUCUAGAGCCCUUUCAAUUACGCCGACGUUGGGAGUCAAGUCCGCAUCCAUAUAUUUUCUUCAACCAUGAUCGUCACAGUAUGACGUUUCUGGGAUUCUUGUUGAAUGAUAACGGAGACUUGCUGGACCCUGGAAAUAGAACUAUUUUAGAACAACGUUUGAUGCCAACCACUUUAAGAGAACAAUUAGAAGCACAGGAUGUGCAUUUUGAUGUAAACUACGAAUCAAGCAAGCGCGAAGAAAGGAUUGUUGACUUAUGUAAAGUAAUGGGAAUUGACGAUUCUUAUGAUCCUGAUCCUACGUACGAGCUUACCACGGACAAUGUGGAGAAAAUCUUGGCCAUUUACAUGAGAUUUAGAUGUAGCAUUCCUGUCAUUAUUAUGGGAGAAACCGGUUGUGGUAAAACAAGAUUGAUACGAUUUAUGGGCCAGCUUCUGGCAGGACCCGAUGGACCGAAAAAUCUACUUCACAUGAAGGUUCAUGGCGGAACAAGCUAUAAGGAAAUAGAAAAUAUAGUCGUCGACGCAGAAUUGUUGGCUUCAUGUAACCAGAAAGUCAAAGUUGACACAAUUUUGUUCUUUGAUGAAGCAAAUACGACAGAUGCAAUUGAUCUAAUCAAAGAGAUAAUGGUUGAUCGACGAGUCAGGGGUCGAUAUAUCGAUCCAAAAUUGACUGGACUUCAUUUUAUUGCUGCAUGUAAUCCAUACAGGAAACACACUGACGAGAUGAUUAAAAAAUUGGAAUCAGCUGGUCUAGUUACUAAUGUUUCUGCUGACGAGACUGAAGAUAAACUAGGCUCCAUUCCCCUCCGCCAGCUCGUGUAUCGUGUCCAUCCUUUACCUGAAAGUAUGAGACCUCUUGUCUGGGACUUUGGUCAGCUGACAGAUCACACUGAAAAGCUAUAUACUGCACAAAUCGUGAAACGAUAUGUGACUGUUCCUUUAUUUGUGCCCACAUGUGCUUCUACACAUCAAGAAAUUAUUCAAACUGAUGCUGAAGCCUCAUGCAUAUCUGAAAUUUUGUCAGCAUCUCAAGAAUACAUGCGUCAACAAAAGGAUGAAUGCAGUUUUGUCAGUCUUCGUGAUGUUGAACGAGCAAUGAAAGUCAUUACUUGGUUUUACAAUCAUUAUGAUUUAUUUGCGAAUGAUGAUUCUAAUCAACAAUUUUUUUAUGACUCCAGUGUCACUAAAGACGAAGAACAAAAGCAUUUUCCAUUAAAUCGCAUUGUAUUCGCUAUCAUCCAAGGCAUUGGUGUUUGUUAUUAUGCCAGGCUAAAUGAAAGAGACGCGUAUUGCCAAAAAAUUUGCAAAUAUUUUGACGAUUCAUGCCCACUUCCUGGAGGAGCAAAAACAAUAAAGGAUGAAAUACUAAGAUGUCAACGAGCAUUUUUGCACAAUGUGGAACUUGGCCAGAAUAUUGCAAGAAAUACUGCACUUUGUGAAAAUGUGUUUAUGAUGGCGAUAUGUGCUGAACUACGAAUCCCAUUGUUUGUAGUCGGUAAACCAGGCAGCUCAAAGUCUCUGGCAAAAGAUGUAAUUUCAACCAACAUGCAAGCUGGAAAUUCUAGCAGUGAUUUGUUUAAAAAUUUGAAACAGAUUCACAUCCAAUCAUAUCAAUGCAGUCCCUUGUCUACACCUGAUGGCAUCGUCACCAUCUUUAAACAAUGUUCUCAACUUCAGAAAGACAAAGAUUUGAACAAGUUUGUCUCCGUAGUUGUGUUAGACGAGGUUGGUUUAGCAGAAGAUUCUCCGUUGAUGCCACUGAAGACACUUCAUCCAUUACUUGAAGACGGUACAGCCACUUCUGAAGAUUCUGGAAAGACACUUGAUCAUAACCGUGUAGGUUUUAUUGGUUUGUCCAACUGGGCAUUGGAUCCCGCAAAAAUGAAUCGAGGGAUAAUGUUGACUAGAGGAAUAGCGAGCAAAGAUGAACUUCUGGUUAGCGCUAGUGAUAUAUGCUUUGGUAAUGAUGGCGCUUCCAUUAAAAGAAUUAUAGAAAAGUUGUGCGAUGGAUAUUCUGAUCUUUAUGAAAUACAGAAAGAUUCAAAAACCUUGAAAAAUGCCCAAAAGGACGAAUUCUUUGGUCUCAGGGACUUUUACAGUCUUGUAAAGAUGGUAAAUGCAUCAGCUAAAGUUACCGAGGAAGGUGUUGUGAUUGACGAUGCUGCAUUAGAGAAAUGCAUACGAAGAAAUUUUAGUGGCUUGGAUGAUGUGGAUCCUGUUGAAAUAUUCAGUAGUCAAUUUGAUGAGCUUAAAAAGAAUCCUUCAACAGAAUGUCGUUCCAUAACUCUUAUUGAAGAUAGCUUGGAAAGAACAGACAAGGAAGGAGAAUGUCGUUAUUUACUUAUACUGACUGAGAACUAUGCAGCAUUGAGAUUACUACAAGGCAUUAACUUUCAUAUGCAUGAGCCUGAAGUGAUUUUUGGCAGCAGUUUUCCAAAAGAUCAACAAUAUACACAGAUUUGUCGAAAUAUUAAUCGUAUUAAAGUCUGCAUGGAAACAGGAAGAAUGGUGAUUUUACUAAACUUGGAAAGUCUCUAUGAAAGUCUUUAUGAUGCUUUAAACCAGUAUUACGUGUAUCUUGAUCAACAAAAAUACGUCGAUCUUGGCCUUGGAAACCACCGAGUCAAGUGCCGUGUUGCUGACUAUUUCAAAUUAAUAGUGAUUGCUGAAAAAGAUGACGUUUACAAACGCUUUCCAACUCCUCUUAUUAAUCGUCUUGAGAAACAUAUCUUGGUGAUGUCAACUGGCUUGACUGAACGUCAAACUGAUUUGGUUGAACAACUUGAGAAGUGGGUUGCAAACUUCGCAAAAGCAAAGAACGAAUAUUCAUCACAAGAAAGGUGUUUCAACGUGCAAAUUAAAGUUAAUAGAUUUGUAACCGAUACAGCAGCUAAUGUCGUGAUUCAAAAAUUUGAGUUUGGUUACUCUGAUAUUAAGAUACUUGAAGAUUCAAAGAAAACCCUUUUACAAUGUGCAUCUCCUGAUGCAAUUGCCAGACUCACAGUAUCACAGUUAAAAGACAAAGCCAUCGAAAUUCGUGAGGAAUAUUACCAAAAUCAACACCACGGAAGUUUGAAGGAAUAUUUAGUUCAUUGUUUUCAAACAAAAGGCAGCAAAGCAGACAGUGGCUCUCUCGUUCAGAUAACCACCCACUCGCGACUUUUAUCGGAAGCAAAUGCUCGUGCUAUAGCAGCUGAAGCUGGUUUCCUAGGCUGGCAAUCACGAUGUAUAAGUCUUCAAGAAUUUCAUACGGAGCAACAAUUUGUCAAAACUUUGGACGAUUUCUUCAUCAAACUUGGAGGUGCUGAAGGACUCCUAUUGGUGCAGUGUGAUGACGGGGAGAAAAAUUCAAAUCUUAUUGCAUGCAGUCUUGUUGAUCAAACACGUCGUACAUCUUUGGAAACGUUUGACCCGAAACCCGUUCAUAUUAUCUUUAUCAUCCAGUUGCCGAGAAUUGCUGGUGGCUGUCAGCAUUUUGUGGGAUUUCAAGGUGGAAAAUGGAAAUGUGUCCAUAUUGACGAACUUCUUGAGGCAAAUGAAAAGUUACCGCAAAUUGAAUUACUUGUUAAUAGAUCUGUUAGUGAUCUUUUAAAUUUAAAUGUUUCCUCAAACAAAAAUCUUGAUCUCGGAGACAUACUACUAUCACUAAAUGAUUACAUUGAAUCACCGACAAACAGUGAUGUGCAGAAUAUUGAGGAGAAUUUAUACGAAGAAAAUAUACGUCCCACAGUCUUGCUGAGGAACUGCAUGCAAACUGCUGCUGCGAGAGUCUUUGACGAAUCAAAUGACGUCUUGAGAGCCACAAAACGAAUUGAGAUAUUACUGGAUUGCUUACCUUCCGAAGAUGGAGAUGAAACAGACCUAUCUACCAUUCUUGUUGUUCGUAUGUAUAAACUGCUUCGCGAGCGUGAUGAAAGAUGCCUUGAUGAUCAAAGGCUUUGGCUUCAAGAGGAAGCGUUAUGUCAGGGACAUCUACAGGAAACUGGCACAUUUAGGAAAGCUUUAUGGCAAAAAUUAUCGUUAAUUGUGUCUCCUAUUUUGUCCGAAGUUAUUGCGUAUUGUGAUCGUAACAAAAACCUCAACUUGCUUCUUGAAGAAAACACUUGGACACGAAAGUUAUGGCUUGAAAUGUUACAGGAAGACAACCUUACGGCAAUAACCUAUGAAUCAUUCAUUUCACCUGUAUCCGGUAGGCUACGAGAACGAGCUACUGUGUUGAGCAGUGGAGUUGGACAUCCUUUUGAAGGAAAAUUUCCAUUCUCCUGGAUAAUUAAAGACAUUGUUCACGUUCUUUUGUUGCAAGUGGGGGGAAAUAUUACAAACAGAUUGACGUCAUUAAGAAAUGUUUUUGGUACUUCUCCUUUGGGAAGAUUGAAGAAAUUGGCAUUUGAAGAUCCAGAUAUCAAGAAGGAAGCAGCGAAUUGUUAUUUAAAUGACUUUUUACAUAUGAUGUAUACGCCAAUUGUUGAAAAUGAACUGAAGUUGAUACACGACGCUGUACUUGUGACGUCUUGGCAAAUACACCAAACUUUUCAUGAAAACGAUGAAUUUCACCUGGAUAUUCCUCUCAUUCAUUUUGCCUAUUCCACGAUUCAAUCACGUUUGCUGAAUUUCUCUGAACUUGUUCAUGCAUUUCCUCAAGUGGUAGGAAAACUAAUGGAAUCUCCAUUACCAAUUAAUGAUUCAGAAUUUUGCCUAGAUGCAGUGGCUCUUCAGUGCUGUCUGGAAGAACUGGAACCUAGUUUAAUUAAUUUUACGAGUCUUCAUAAACGAAAGACGUGGUGUAAUGAAGUUCAAUGUCUACGUCCAAUCAUUCAGGUUAUGAAAGCGUCAAUAACGGAGAGUGGGAACUCAAAAAAUGUUGUUCCUCUUUUGUCAGAAAAAUCUGAGCAGGUUUCGAAAGUUUGUUGGAUCAUGUUCACACGUUUGGAUGUUGUACGUAUGUUUAUUGAACACACUUGUCCACCUGAGGAUUUGAAUCAUACUGAUGAUGGUCGUAAUGCUUUGAAAUUGUUAAAGGCAUUAGGUGAAAGUCCCGAUUUAACCUCACUACGUACUAUAGUUGUUAUUGAAAGAUUUUUGAAAGACUGCAGUAAAGAUUUGCAUAAACGAAUUGUCAAAUUUGAUGACGAAUGCGCCAUUUGCAAGAGAUCACUUCAAGAUCCUGUACAGCUACCAUGUCAUCACGUGUUUUGUUUAUCUUGCAUAACCAAUUGGCUUAACGAUCAUGACGUAUGUCCUGCAUGUAGACACGAUGUUGGCAAUGAUUUUCAAUUGCAAAUUAAUGAAACAAUGAGGCUUUCGUUGGAGUUGUGGAGAAGUUUUCGUAAUCGUUGCAAAUCCUUUUUCAUGAAUGUUGUCUCUGUUUAUUGCUUUGGUGAUGACUUACCACAAGAUGAACUUGUAAAAAAAUUCAUUGCUUAUGUGAUAAACGAUGAAGAAUUCACAGAAGAUUUUUCUCCUUUCGAUGGUCACAGCAUUGAUGUCACUCCAGCUAUAAGAUCAUAUAUUUUACAACAACUUCUUUCAAUCAAAGGAAGGGAAAAAGAAGUUUGUACGUAUUUGGAAGAAUAUCUCUAUCGUGCUCAAGGUUUAUCUACCAACAAGGAACAUUUGAUGAACGUUUGCGUGUUGUUUGUUCAUUGUAUCGAGGAUGUUGAAACAGGGAAAUUAUUAAAAGCAAAACAAACUGAAGGCAGUGUUGAAAUAAACAUGUUGUGCAGAAUCCUUGAUAGAACACUGAGGAAUUUUCGUACCUACAAAACCCUGAACAUUGACAGCCUUAAAGAUGUUGCUGCAAUUCGGGCUGCGUUUAGUGAACUUCCUGCAUACUUCAAUGACGAUCUUUCCGAAAACUUAAAGAGCAAUGCGGAACUUCGAAAAUGCAUCCAAGCAGCUAAACAUUUAUGUGACAAUGAAACUGCUCUUCAGUUAUUCCUGCUAAAACAGUUGGUCCAUAAUGAUGAAAAUGGUUUCGAUGGAGUUAAAGAAAGAUGUAAGAUCAAAGAAUUGAAAUGGAUUUUGCCUCCACAAUCUGAGGAGCGUGACAAAGACCAGAAGUUCAUGGUCCAUCACGACAAUUAUCAUACAGUACGAGAAGCUAUUGGCAAAGCAAUAAUAACAUCAAAUUAUGAAGAAACACAGUUGAUCUUGAGAAACUUGUCCUGUGAUGAUCGUGCCCAGUCCUGUUAUAUUUUACUUGCAAUUUAUUGCGAAGUAAUGACCAAAUUUUCCACUGAAAACGAAGAAGAUCGGAUUCUUUCAAAGAUUGUGGAACAACUCGAUGAAUGUCUUACUGGAUAUCAGGUUUUGGCAACUCGGCACUCAAACCAUUUCAAUUUAAAUCUCUUUAAGCUACCUCUUGCGAAGAAUUUCUUGGUGAAUUUUGACAACAGUUCUCAUCAGCAAUUACUUCAGCUACACAGUGGCCAAACUUUAAAUGAUAGGCGUUUAAAUGAAAUCUUGAUUCAUUUCCUUGUUGUUACGAGUUGCUUUCCAAAUAAUCAACUUUUGACUCCCUUCUCAAAUCUUGCAUUCAAUCCAGGAUCAAUGAGGAGUGCGUUCAUUCCAACCAUGCCUCACGAUGAAAGUCCCGAGGUCAUGGGCGUUACCCAAGGCACGUGGUAUGAAUGCAUUAACGGACAUCGUUAUGUCAUCACUGAGUGUGGACGUCCAAACCAAGCGUAUAAUUGCCCAACUUGUGGUGUUCCUAUUGGAGGUGCAAAUCAUCAGCUAGCAGCUAAUAAUAGACAGGCGUCGAGUAGUACUGGUCACAUUCUAGGACGUGCACAGGAUCAACCUCCAAGUGCACAAAGAAAUUUGAACCCAUUAUCGUGUUGUGUUUUACGUUGUUUGACACAUGUGGCUAUGUUGUUAGGAACAACUCCAGAUCAAAUUCAGAAUAUUUCAGCUAUUAUCAAACCACCUGUUAAUAACGUUGUUCAAUUCAUAAAAGAUCAUAUAGAAAAUGAUCUACGUUGCAUUGCAAGAUUUGUUGGUACAAAUAUUGAACAAGCUGCUAUGAUGAACCCUCAUGUCGUUACAAAACUCGAUCCUUCAUGUCCAGCACUUUGGAGAAAUCGUAAGAAAAUCACCAUUGAACAUUUUUCCUUUAAAUACCAAGAAUAUUCUCAAGGUGUCACAGUGCCAACAGACAAGUGUGAAGUACUUGAUGAAUUUUUAAAAAAGGAAUGUCAUCUUCGUGCCCUUCAGUAUCUUCCGGAUAUCAUAAAGUUGCAACGUUUUCUUUUGAAAAACCCUGAUAUAAAACAGCAUGUGAAGUCCUUAAUCAACAGUUUCAAUAUGGCUUGGAAAAUCAUUAGAUCAUCUAUUCCACAAGAUGGUCAUUACGGAAUUUCAAAAGAAAUGAGAGAGAAGGAAGUUAUCAACGCUACUCCAAUUUUGAUGUUAUUGCCUUCGUGGAAAGGACUUGGAAAGUGUUCUUUGGCACUGACAAAUUACCUUGUAUCUUUACAUAACAAUUUUAUUGGACGAUGUAAAAGCUUGUUGAAGGACGAUAAAAAUUCAGAGGAGCUAUCGCUGUCGAACGUUACUAAGGGACAUUUGGUUGCCUAUGAUCCAGAGAGAGAUUUUUUGCCGAUGGUCCUGGCUCACUGUGAUUAUUCACUAAAAUUUGGUGAAGGAGGUGAAGAAACAGCUGUGAAGUUCAACUGGAAAUCUUUAGAAAGACAACUUGUCGACAGAUUUAUUCGGGGAAAACCUAGAAUUACAUCUUUGGUUGAAUUAUUUGUGUUCAGCAAAGAUAUUUGUGAUGGAGCUGUUUUUAAAGCGUUGAAUCAAAAGAUCCCUCAGAUUAAACUUAGUCGACCAGUGAAAGGUCAGAUCUUAAGUGAACUGAACCAACUCACUGAUGUUUGUGACGUUCUUAAAUCUCUCCACAAUGUCAUUGGUUUCUUAUCGUCUGCUGGAGGAAAUCCAGGAAUGCUUAUCAGUGAAUAUAUGAAAUCAGCAUUGAAACUUGAUCCUAGAAACGGUUUAAAAAGUGGCAAGGCAGAGCAGAUUUGUCAGCUUCAACAUGUUGUUGCGCUUUGGAAAUUGUUAUCAUUAGAAAGAGCAAAAAUAUUGACUAGACGUAAACAGGAACCAUUUGACGAUGUAACAGAUAAGAUAAAGACAGCAUUGACAAGGGAAAUAAAGUUUGAAUUAAGGCGUGGUUUACAGAAAAUCAAAAUUGAUUGUUUCGUUGAUGAAUUGUUGCAGCUUAUUUUACUCUUUUUGAAAAAUGCAGCAGACGAACAGUUGCACUGGCCUUUAGCAGAGUACAUCAACGCAAUGCUUGAACAAGAUGGUUGUGAAAUUAUUAAAGAUCUCGAGGAGAGUUUACCAGUUGAAGUUACUGUUGCACAUGCUGUUGAAGCUUGGAAGCUUGCUUGUCAGAAAAGUGAUGAUUACAAUUCAAAAAUGUAUUGAUUUAGUCGACAAUUUUUUUAUUAAUGACGAAAAGUUGCUUGAUAUUCUUUAACUUAAUAAUGCGCAUUUAAUUUUCAGGAAGAUUAUUUGGAAGAUAUAUAGGUACUUUUUAAAUCAGGUUACAAAAAUCUCAUCAUAAAAUUAAAUAAAAUACAGAAAACAGUUGUCAUUUAAUUAGAAAACAUUUGAGAACAUCAGUAAGUAGUUAAAAACAAUAUAUCAUAAUUUUUACCUUCUUUAA